AUGUACGAAGGGAUUGACAACUUGAAAUCCCUUUACGACCGUGCCGGGAAGACUUUCUCCGGUGGUCCUUCUGCGGCACAGGAUGUGCCGCGUCGUACUGCUCAACCAGACCCAGUACGUCGAUCAUCAAUUGGGAGCGGGGCUCCCAAGAAUCCCAGGACGGGGGAUAGCCGCGCCACCGGACGAGAUAACUCGUCCGACGUCCGUUCACGUCGCGGUGGUUCAACAGCUUCUCAACUAGAUAGCGCUGGCCACCGCGAGAGUCCUCUAAUGGAGGUGGAGGAGGAGCAUGAGCGGGACAGGCGUCUCCAACUGGCGGACACUGUCUCGAAGCAUCGAGCUGAGUUUGCCUUUGAUCAGCUUGAAAACGAGAGAGCUUUGACGUCUCUUCGUGACGAGCUAAGGGUAGCUCGUGGGAAUGUUGACCGGUCUCGGGAUCAGAUAGCUGCUCUUCAGACCCUUGUUGAUGCCCACCAUCGGGAGCACAAGGCUCUCUGCGAGAUGCUUGAGCGCAAGGGCGUUCUUCAUCGGAAGAAGCAGCGUACUGAUGGUACGGCUUAA